AGCACGAGCCUGGGAUUUUGAGGGUGCAGGCCACAAACCCGUCUUCUGCAGCAACUCUGGGUGUGGAUCAAGGGUGAUGCAACCGAUGGGUGGGUUGCAUUCGUUCCCAAGGCCUGCCCGCAGCUGGAAACACACACAGGAGGGCUUGCCAGAAUUGGUUGGAACCACAGAAGGCAAUCCUGGACAGGUUGGGCGGCUUUAGGUUCAGUUUCCUCCUGUGUGAAGAUCCUUCGACCCGGGAGAUCUCGGCUGGGCUAUAGGCCAACAGACUCAGCGAUGGAACAAUAUCACACCCUGGAGCGGGCCCUUGGGGCGCUAGUUUGCACCUUCCAGCGCUACUGCCGGAAGGAAGGCGACCGACACACGCUCAGCAAAGGGGAACUGCGGGAGCUGUUGGACAACGAGCUUCCCAGCCUGCAGACUCUGCCAAUAAAAGAUGGUGCUUACGAGGAGCUCAUGGCACUGUUGGAUACGAACAAGGACGGCCAAGUUGACUUCGAAGAGUACAUCCGCUUCAUUGCAGCGGCCUGUACCUUCUUCCACGAGUUCUUCCGGGACAGCCCUGUGGCCCAGCCGCGAGUGCACUAAAAGCCAAGAUGGUGCCCAAACGACUCCAAGGAUGACGGCCGAAGAUGUUUUGCCACUUGAGGGGGGACAGCGAGUUAUUUUGGGCACCUGAGGCAGACAAAUAUUGCCAUAAAGUUUCUUUCACUUGCCAGCAGUAAAAUUGCAAUAACAACAACAACAAUAAUAGGGUUGGAUGCAAUGUUAGUCCCACUCAGAGUAGACCCAUUGAAAUUAAGGACCAUGAUGAACUUAGGUCCAUUAAUAUCACUCGGUCAACUCUGAGGAGAACAUAGCUGGAUACAAUAAAUUAAAUAACCAUUUUGUUGCCCUUUCGUGGCGCCCCAAAUCAGCUGCCUGAGGGGUGGCUGCUUCACUCCGCCUAAAGGCAGGGCCGGCCCCAAUGGAUUCUUUGUCAGAACAAACACUGGGAUGGAGAAACAGUAAUGCUAGCAGGGGAGUCAACAAGGACUGGAACGACAGGCUGAGGGGACGGAUUCUCAGCGCCAAUAUUGUCCGCAUUCAUGUGAUCCACCAUAGAGACUCCUGAGUGCAUCUGACUUAUGAGGAGAUACCUUUCUGCUCUCCUCUGCUUCAAGGGUGUUGUGUUGAUGUGUCUCACAAUCCUCCCCUGUUGUGUUCCCCCCUCCCAAUUGUUCCACUCUCUGACGACUUUCAGGAUGCAGGGCAAAUUCAAAUAAUUUUCAGGGAGGAAGAGCGGCUUAUCAUUCCAGAUGUGUCAGCAGAGGAUUUCUAUCGCCACAUAGGGAUGGGAUCCAUUGGCCAGUGCCGGUUCAAAAACAUUCCGUCAACCUAACAGGCCGGUAUCGAUUUAAGUUUGUUCUUUGUCCCCUAGCCUCUGCUUUUACUGAUCUGUGGGUUUUUUCCCUCGCAAAAAAUAUUGAUAUUAAUAUCAAUAUUUUGAAAGGAAACAUCAACGUAUUGAAAGGAAAUAUUGAUAAAUGAAAGGAAAUAUCGAUAACAUUAUCAUUCUUAAUAUCAAUAUUUUAGAGGCAGUUUAAAAAAAAAAUCCCUACAGAAAAAUCCGAUCCGCAGCAAUAAAGAAUAAGCGAGUUAAUGGAAAAUUCAAUACCGAACCCGAAUUGGGUGGAAUUCUGACACAUCCCUCACACACACACACACAAAUCUCUGCCACCGCUUUGCCACAUGCAGAUGGGCAACUGCCUGAGCAUACAUGCUAAGGCGCCAUGCAAUAUGCUGCCUGCUGUUUCACAUGCUGCUGCUCCAGCUGCUGCACCAUAUUUUGAACUUUUGAUAUGGUGCCUCUUGAACACUGAUCUUGAGCCACAGCAUCAAACAGGCCCCUUGGCUUUCAAAAUCAACAUACGAGAGGCCACUACAAAUCAACUCCGCACAGCAGACAUCCGAUGGUGCAAGAGCUUCAGCAGUGUGUGGCAGAGACAAGCAGAGCUCAGGCACCUAUUCUUGGUCUCUAAGACAGAGAUGGGGAAUUUCAAGGCCCUCCAGCCCUCGCCAUCUGGCCCGCAGAACUCUCCCUGAGCCACACCCCUUAGUGGCUCGGCAUCGCACCCUGAGUGUUUUUGCUCAGCCAGAAUGUGCCAUUGAACUCAGGUCAUGCCACUUGCUUGUCUGGAGGAAGAACAGAGGUGUGUGUGUGUGUGUGUGUGUGUGUGUAAAAACUAGCCUACUUUACGUUCGUUGCCUCGCCCACUUUUGCCUCUGGCCACACCCACCACUGGGGUGUGGCCCUUGGGAGGUUGCCCGGAAAGGACUACGGCCCUUGGGUUGAAAAAAAGGUUCCCCACUCCUGUUCAAGAACUGGGCUGCUGCAAGCAUAUCCCCACGUUCAUAUGUGAGAUCAUGACAUGCUCUGAUUGCCCUGCCUUCUGUCGUUCUUUGGGCAUUCCUUGUCGCUGAUUCUUUUCUCAUCUUCCGAUGUCAUCUCUGGUCCUCACCGGGUCUCCCAUUCCUGCUUCGGUAACUUUUAUGUUGAUCUUGCCAAAGCUGGCAUUUCUGAAGGUCCUUUUUGUGCCAGACAGCUGGAAAGAAUCAGCCCAGGAAUUUGGAGAGAGAGAGAGAGAGGGAGGGAGAGGAAACAACCAUCACCAAAGGCCCUCGUAGCCCGCAAAAAAACCUCACAAAACUGGUAGGACCCCUAUUGGUCUCUUUCUAUCCCCAGUGGGUGUACCCUUUUGCAUCAACAAUAAAAAGGGCAGCUUUGCCAAGGCUUUAAA